GCGCUCCCUUUGCUCGACCUCGAACUUCCCUCCUGAAAUCCUGAACUGACAGCAUCCCCAACACGUCAAUCUGUUCCAGUCCGUUGCCUCACUGUCUCUAUCAGUUCUAUAUUUCCAGUCUUUGCUAGCAUCCCCUCUCCACCAGACAGCAGCUUAAGGCACGACUCCGUCAUUCAAUCAUUCGAUUCCAUCUGGCAUCAGCACAACCAAUAGCCGAGACCAGUCAACAUGGACUUUGCCGACCAGAACCAGAACUCCGUCCCGGGCAGCACCCAGGCCGCCAAGCUGAAUGCCGCCCGCAAAGGUCCCGACGCUCAGAGUGUGGCCAAGAGGUUACAGACAGAGCUUAUGCAACUCAUGACAUCCCCAGCGCCAGGCGUGUCAGCAUUCCCUGGAGCGGAUGGCAACCUCAUGGCCUGGACAGCCACAAUCGAAGGGCCCGACGGCACACCAUACGCCGGACUGUCGCUGAAGCUCUCCCUGAGCUUCCCCAACAACUACCCCUACGCCCCGCCGACUGUGCUUUUCAAGACACCCAUCUAUCAUCCCAACUUCGACUUCUCCGGCCGCAUCUGUCUCGACAUCCUCAAGGACAAGUGGACGGCAGCGUACAACAUCCAGACUGUGCUGCUCAGCCUGCAAAGUCUGUUGGGCGAGCCCAAUAAUGCCUCCCCGUUGAACGGAGAGGCGGCAGAGCUGUGGGACAAGGACCCCGCGGAGUUCAAGAAGAAAGUUCUUGCUCGGCACAGGGACAUCGACGACGAGUGAGGGCAUGCGUCAGCUUGGUAAGGACGGGUUUGGUUGCAGGGCAGAAAGCCCACCGG